AUGCCGCCGGAACGCGCCCGGCCCGGGCCCCCGCCCUCCCGCGCCCCGCGCAGUCCGGUGGCGGCGGCCGCGCCGCGGGCCCCGGCUGAGGUCAGGGUGACCUUUGAGGACGUGGCCGUGUACUUCUCCUGGGAUGAGUGGCACCUUCUCGACCAGGGCCAGAAGGAGCUGUACCACGAUGUGAUGCUGGACAACUUGGCACUUUUGUCCUCGCUGGGCUGUAGCUGUGGAGUUCACGAUGGAGUGAUACCCUUUGAACAGUAUGUUUCUGCAAACAUGUCACCGCCCAGGUCUCCUGAGCCUGCCUCCUUUUCUGAGAAGAACCACUCUGUUGAGAUGUAUAUUCCUGUCUUGAGAGACAUUUUCCAUAUUAACAUGCCUCUGGGAACACAGAACAGUCAGAAGUUGUUCGGGUGUGGGGUGUGUAUUAAGCGAUUUAGUUUUGUUGCAAAUCUCCAGCAGCAUCAAAAGCAUGACUUGGGAGACAGAAUCUUAAAGAGCUGUGAGGAUGUGGCCACUGGAGAAAAGUCUGGGUCAUGCAGUGAAUAUGGGAAAUCUUUAGACAGUUGCGCUCAACUCUGUUCUCAGAAAGUUCACACAGGAGAAAGACCUUACGUGUGUCAUGAAUGCGGGAAAUCUUUUACUCGAAAGGCAGUAUUCCAACAACAUGAGAGAGUUCACACAGGAGAGAGGCCUUUUGUUUGCAGUGAAUGCGGGAAAUCUUUUACGUAUCGGGCAGGACUCCAACAACACCAGAGACUUCACACAGGAGAAAGGCCUUAUGUGUGCAGUGAAUGUGGGAAAUCGUUUACCCAGAAGUCAGUGCUCCAGCAACACCAGAGACUUCACACUGGAGAAAGACCUUUUGAAUGCACUGAAUGUGGAAAGUCAUUUAUAGGAAGAUACCACUACAUUGUGCACCAGCGGGUUCACACAGGAGAAAGGCCUUAUGAGUGUGGGGAAUGCGGAAGAACUUUCACCUAUAAGAUAGGACUCCAGCGACACCAGAGGCAUCACACGGGAGAAAGGCCUUAUGUGUGCAGUGAAUGUGGGAAAUCUUUUGCCCAGAAAGCAGGACUCCAACAGCACCAGAGACUUCACACUGGAGAGAGACCUUUUGAGUGCAGUGAGUGUGGGAAGUCGUUUAUAGGAAGAUACCACUACAUUGUUCACCAGCGGGUUCACACUGGAGAAAGUCCUUACGAGUGUGGGGAAUGUGGGAAAUCUUUUACUUGUAGUUCUUCCCUCCGUGGGCACAAGAGGGUUCACACAGGAGAAAGGCCUUACCAGUGCAGUGAGUGUGGGAAAUCUUUUGCCUGUAGCUCUACUCUCCGUGGUCAUAAGAGAGUUCACACAGGAGAAAGGCCUUAUGAAUGUACUGAAUGUGGAAAAUUUUUUACCCAUAUCUCAUCACGCAAUCAGCACAAGAGAAUUCACACAGGGGAAAGACCUCAUCAGUGCAGUGAAUGUGGGAAGUCUUUUAAGAAAGGAAGUCAUCUCAAACUGCACAGAAUUCACACAGGAGAAAGACCUUACGAGUGCAGUGAUUGUGGUCAACUAUUCACCUAGUGCUCUGCCUCAGUUAACACCAGCUCACAUGUAGCAAGAGCUUUGAUUAAAAUGAAUAUGGAAAGCGCUUUGUUAACAACUCUAGUCUCUUCAAAUGUAGGCGCUUCCCUUUGGACAAAGCGUGAUUAUGAAUCGAAUGUGGAAAACCCUUUCUCACAACUUCACUGUCAUAAAAUGCCAUACUUUUCACACCAGAUGUCUUUAUAAAUGUGGUUUAUCCAAUUUAGCUAAUGCUAUCUUCAUUACACACUGUGGAGUUAACUGCAGGGAAAGUCCUCUAGGUGCUUGACUGUUAACAAAGCCAUCAUUCAGUAUGACAGAGUUCACAUGAGGAAAAUGAAUGUUCAGGGAAUGAGCUAUUUCUUGUUCAAUGUAGCAGCUCUGGGGAGAUUUCUGUGAGGGUGCCAUCUGCCUCUAUGGAACACACUCCUGAUAGAUUAUGGAAAUUCCGGGUCUGCGGACACUGCAUUACGCUCAUUUAUAUACCCAGGACCCUGCCCAGAUGCAUGCCUCUGCCAGUGUCCUGGCAAAAGCCAUCCUUUCAGUAACCGUGGGCGGUGGUCACCAGCCGGUCAGGGAACUCUGCAUCCAUGCUCUCCUAUUUGUUGGAGGAAUUUGUGUGAAGCCAGAGCUCUCAUUUCUUUUUCUUUCUUUUUUU